CAAAACACACCACCACAACACAGAAUUCGACCCUUUGCCUCCAUUGUUUGUUGAGUCCCAAUUUUCACUUUAUGUCCGUGCAAUCAAGUUAAAGGAUUGAUUAGAUUAAAAAAGGCGGCUGCCAAAUGUUUGCUUCAGAUAUGAAUCCGGCGAGGGAUGCCGGAAGAGUUUCCAAGGCCGGCAUGGUGUUGUUUCCAAUUCAAUUUACAUGGCCAUAUGGUGGAAGAAGUGUCUCCGUAUCCGGCUCUUUCAAUGGGUGGACUGAGCUCGUGCAAAUGUCACAGGUUGAAGGUUGCCCCAAUAUAUUUAAAGCCGUUUGUGCCGUGCCGCACGGUUCUCAUGAGUACAAGUUUCUUGUCGAUGGUGAAUGGCGACGUGAUGAACAACAACCUUAUAGGACCAGCGAAUAUGGAGUGGUCAACACUUUCGACACUCGACCUGUACCUGCAGAGGUCGUCCCUCAGCAACUUUCUGCAGAUAUAUUAAAUCCAGUAAUGCCUAGGAUUUCAGAAGAGGAUGUACAGGCCGCCCGCAGUCAAAUCUCUGCAUUCUUGGCAGCACAUACGGCUUAUGAGUUACUUCCUGAGUCAGGCAAGGUUGUUGCUUUGGCUGUUGAUUUGCCCGUAAAACAAGCAUUUCAUAUUCUGGCUGAGCAGGGCAUCCCUGUGGCUCCGCUUUGGGACUUCAGCAAGGGGAAGUUUGUUGGAGUUAUUAGUGCUUCGGAUUUUAUUUUGAUUCUGAGAGAGCUUGGAAAUCAUGGAUCAAAUUUGACAGAGGAAGAGCUUGAAACACACACUAUUUCUGCCUGGAAAGAAGGAAAGGCAUACUUGAAUGGGCAAGUUGAUGGGCACGGAAGACCAAUUCCAAGACAAAUUAUCUUUGCUGGGCCAAGUGAUAAUCUGAAGGAUUUAGUAUUGAAAUUUAUGCAAAAUGGAUUUGCCACGAUUCCUGUCAUCCAUUCAUCCUCAGAAGAUGGUUCAUUGCCCCAAUUAUUACAUCUUGCGUCGCUUUCUGGAAUACUAAAAUGUGUAUGCAGGUAUUUUAGACAUGGUUAUGGCUCCUUUCCCAUGCUACAAUUACCAAUUUGUGCUAUCCCUUUGGGUACAUGGGUUCCGAGAAUUGGAGAAUCCAACUGCCGUCCAUUUGCGAUGCUGAGACCUAAUGGUUCUCUUAGUUCAGCCUUAAAUAUGCUAGUUCAAGCUGGAGUAAGUUCAAUACCUAUAGUUGAUGAUAACGACUCAUUAGUGGACAUAUAUUCCCGGAGUGACAUAACAGCUUUGACAAAAGGCAGAGCUUAUACACAUAAUCUAAAUGACAUGACUGUUUAUCAGGCGUUGCAACUGGGACAAGAUUCCAGCGCUCCUUUUGAGAUGAGAAGUCAAAGAUGUCAGAUGUGUUUGCGUACCGAUACAUUGCUUAAAGUGAUGGAACAAUUGGCAAACCCGGGUGUCAGGCGGAUUGUCAUCGUGGAAGCUGGAAGUAACCGUGUAGAAGGCAUUAUCUCACUGACCGAUGUUUUCAGGUUCUUGCUUGGUUAAUCUGAAUUAUACAGAUGAAAUAUGUAGGAGGGGUCAGGUCUUGCAGUGGCAUUUGGACCCCUAUCCAUGUUUUGCAGGUGCAAUUCCAAGCCCCCAUUGUCCAAAGUGACUGCAAUACCUCACACCGGCGAAUCGAGUCUUAGUCGAACCAAAAUCUUAUUCAACCAUUGGAAUGACACCUAUUGCUUUUUUGCCUGCACAAUUAUUAUUAUUUUUAGAAUUGUAGGGGCAUCAUUUGUAAAUUUUAAGAUGAUUUUCAUAUUUUUUCUGCAAAAUUUGUUCAUCUAUCAUUCCCUUGCCAAACCAAUUGUUUCUCCAUGGUAGUUAGAUGGCCAUAAUCUGCUGUGA